AGCCAAAGUGGAGUAAUUGAAAAGGGAAACGAGGAUAUAGACGAACAGACCGAAAGCAAUAGACCUGUGGGAACCUAUUACAAAAACAAUUGAAACCAAUUUGACUCUGUAGAAAAUACCGCCGGUCCUGAGGCAGGAUACUUAGGGGUGACCUGCUUUAUCAUGUUGAUAUGCGAGCAACAGUUUUGAUUAAACGUUGCAUAUGCACGGGCAAUCAUAUAACCAUGAUGCGAUGCAUUGCAUAAAUUAAAGAUUACAAAUAAACCGAAGAUGUGGGGAGUACACAACUAGGUGUCUCUAGCUACAAGAACUGCCUUCUCUAAGAAGCGCAUGUGACGGCAGUUCAGCAGCAGUUGUGGAAAUAGUGCAGCGAUAGUUGACCUGGUGUUUUUGGCUCAGAACGCUACUUUUGAGAAUUUUGGCUUGUUGCCUGGUUUGUGUGUGUUGGGUAGGCUCAAGGGGCGCGGCUACAACUGACGGUAGUGGUAGAAUAAGUAGGAAGUCAACGACGACGUAGUUUUAACGAAGUGAUGGGGAAGAACGAAGAAUUACCAUGGGAUCUGUUUGAUCGUUGCCUUCUUCCCGUCAUAUUUUCACACGCUGCAGCAGUUAUUCUCUCAACAAUCCUAAACAGCCUCUAUAUCUCCCAAGUUUCAACUUUCACACUUUUCCUCUGGUUUGUCGUCUCCAGCCUGGGUGCAGUUUUCUUCUAUCAUAAUCUCAAGGUAACUGCAGCCGGCAAAACAGUUUUAAUAACCGACUGUACCUCAAAAAUUGGGUAUGCAGCUGCUCGCCAAUUGGAUGAUCUGGGAUUCACGGUGUUUGCUGGCUUCCAAGACAAGGACAAAGGAAGUAAAAGCGCAAGGAAGCUAAAGGAUGAGUCUUCAGGACGUCUGCAUACUUUGCAGCUGGAUGUAACAUCAGAGAAAGAGAUAUUAGCAGCUGCAGCUUAUGUGAAGGAGAACUUACCUCAUGGAACAUCUGGUCUUUGGGCUCUAGUGAACAGUUCAACGUGGGCCGCUUUUGGUGAGGUUGAAUGGAUUCCAUUCGCUGUAUAUAAAGAGGCUACAGAAGUGAAUCUUCUCAGUGCAAUCAGGAUCACACAAGUUUUCUUGCCACUCAUUCGUAAAACUAAGGGUCGUGUAAUAAAUAUUGUAAGUAUUCUUGGCCGCAUUGCAGCACCUCUCCGUUCUCCAUACUGUACAGUUAAAUUUGGAAUGGAAGCUUUCAGUGACUGCCUCCGACUGGAAAUGCGACGUUGGGGAGUAGAUGUCAUUGUAGUUGAACCUGGUGAUUAUACCACUGGAAAAACUUGGUUUACAGACGAAGUACUACUGGCACAAGCAAGGCAUAUGUGGAAAUCAAUGAGCAAAGAAGCACAAGCUGAGUAUGGAGAGGAUUACUUUGAACAGUCAGUUCGAAGUCUGGAAACAUACACAAAAGGAGAAGAAAUGGAUCUGACACCUGUGCUCCGUUCCCUGACUGAUGCUGCGUGCCGCACGUUCCCCCUACCUCGUUACACAUCUGUCACUCGUUCUGAGAAACUGCAGGCAUUUGUGGCUGACCACCUACCACGCUCUGUAUAUGAUAUUAUAUAUACAUGAACACUUUUAUUUUUGGAAAAAUGUCAAUGCUUCUAUAUCCAAAAUAUAGAUAUCAUUCUCUCAGCAUUAUAAUUUGAUCUUUCAAUAAAUAAAAAUUAAUGUGAA